AUGAAGAGCCUGCUUUUGACUCUUCUCUCAUUGGCUGCGAUAGCAGCGUCGGAGCCGCAGCUGGCUUCCGACCUUGUUGCCGCCGAGAGUAACCAAAAAGCAGACCAGGCUGUAGAAGCCAGCCAGCAGGUAGAACAGGCUGUGGAGGUCAGCCAGCAGGCAGACCAGGCCGCCGAAGCCAGCUUGAUCAACCCGCUCAAUAGCUAUAUAGGUUACGAACAAAACAAGUACAGACCUGCGUACAAAAUCGUUUCCGUGGAGCAAGUCCUCAAGCCCCUGGUCUCCGAGAUCAUCAUCCCCCAGAACCACAUCGGCCUCGGCAACUACAAGAACCGCUACCUUGGCUACGGCCUCGGGUAUAAAAACCUAGUUGACCUAGGCCAGGGUCUGCAGGCUCUAGACUACAAGAUAGGAGCGCUGAGCCAGAACCUGAAUUACGAUGGGGGACUCCAGAUCGUCUCCAACUGGCGCAACCGCGGGUACGGCUGGCAGCAGAACCUGGGCUACAACAAGGGUUACGGCCUCCAGCUGAACCGGGGCUUCAACAAGCCGUACCUCGGAGUCAUCGGCCUGCAGCCGAACAUCCAGGCCCAGGAGUACAACAGCUGGAAUCAGAACAAUCAGGGCAAUAGAGGCAACCAGUGGCAGCUGGGCCAGAUGCAGUUAGGCCAGGUGCAGUUCGGCAUUGGAAAUAACAUUGGCAACCAGCAGAAUCAGGGCAACCAGUGGCAGCUUGGCCAGGUGCAGCUCGGCAUAGGAAACAACGUCGGUAACCAGCAGAACCAGGGCAACCAGGGGCAGCUUGGCCAGGUGCAGCUUGGCAUAGGAAACAACGUCGGCAACCAGCAAAACCAGGGCAACCAGGGGCAGCUUGGUCAGGUACAGUUUGGCAUAGGAAACAACGUCGGCAACCAGCAAAACCAGGGCAACCAGGGGCAGCUUAGCCAGUUGCAGCUCGGCAUAGGAAACAACGUCGGCAACCAGCAAAACCAGGGCAACCAGGGGCAGCUUGGCCAGGUGCAGCUCGGCAAUGGAAACAACAAGGGCAACCAGCAGAACCAGGGCAACCAGCAGAACCAGGGCAACCAGGGGCAGCUUGGCCAGGUGCAGCUCGGCAUAGGAAACAACGUUGGCAACCAGCAAAAUCAGGGCGGCCAGGGGCAGCUCGGUCAGCUUCAGAUCGGUGUAGGAAAUAACUUCGGCAACCAACAGAACCAGGGUGGUCAAGGUCAAGGCAACCAAGGCAACAACCAGGGUAGCAACCAGGGCGACCAACUGAGCCAAGUGCAGAUAGGCCUCGGCAAUAACAUUGGAAACCAGCAGAACCAAGGCUGGCAGCUCGGCUUGGGCAACCAGCAGAACCAGGGCAACCAGCAGAACCAGGGCAACCAGCAGAACCAGGGCAACCAGCAGAACCAGGGCAACCAGGGGCAGCUUGGCCAGGUGCAGCUCGGCAUAGGAAACAACGUUGGCAACCAGCAAAAUCAGGGCGGCCAGGGGCAGCUCGGUCAGCUUCAGAUCGGUGUAGGAAAUAACUUCGGCAACCAACAGAACCAGGGUGGUCAAGGUCAAGGCAACCAAGGCAACAACCAGGGUAGCAACCAGGGCAACCAACUGAGCCAAGUGCAGAUAGGCCUCGGCAAUAACAUUGGAAACCAGCAGAACCAAGGCUGGCAGCUCGGCUUGGGCAACCAGCAAAACCAAGAUGGCUGGCAGCUCGGCUUGGGCAACCAGCAAAAUCAAGGGGGCUGGCAGCUCGGUCUGAUCAACCAGCAGAACCAAGGCAACCAGUGGCAGAUUGGCGUGGGCAACCAGGGCAACUACGGUUGGCAGUACAAUCUGAUCAAUGGCAAAGGAUAUAAGAUGUACGAAUGAAGAUCUCAAAAAAAAAACUAAACAAAUACUUCAAAAGAACUAUGAGAGACUUUGAAGUCUAACUAGAAAAGCUUUUCAUG